AUGUUACUUCCUUCUAGACCUGAAUAUAAAUACCCCCAAGAUCUUCUCACAGAAUCACUGUUAGAACUCAACAGCCUUCAAACACUUCUCAAACUAUUUUUUGAUUAUACAAAACAACGCAGGCAUCACUUCUUCACAAUGAAGUUCUCAUCCAUUCUCCUCCCAACCGCCGUCAUUGGCUCUGCCAUGGCUCAGAGCGUUCAACUCCCGGAACUUGCUGAUGGAAGUUAUCUCCUUACCACCGAUGCUGAUGGCAAGCAAGUUUGGACUGAGUUCAAUGUCAACGUCACCGAUUCUGCUGCGCCCCCCGUUGCGAAACGUGAGGGAGCCGGGCCCAGCUCCCGCAUCAACAAGCGGUUCAACUGGCCGUCCGGUACUUAUCCCUGGUGCCCCGGUGGAGAUUGGUUCCUGUUUAGCGACUUUUACGACCACGCCUGGGAUGCCUUCUACUCCACUUGCUGGAACGCUGGCAGCCAUAAGUAUCCUGCGGGCAGUAUCUUGGUCGAGUAUCAAGGAAACUCUGUGGCGUACAUGUGCGCAUACACUGCCAACCCGUGCAGUGUGGAUGAAUGGGCUGAUGCCGUUAACUGGGUGGCGAACAACUGUGCUGGCCGCAGCAGUGGUUGGAUGGAGCCUGGAUACCUCAACGUCCCUGGGUGGAACAAGAGAUACGGUUAUGCCAAGUCAGGAGCUCGCAUCUGCUAA